AUGGAGUUCUUGAUGUUUGAGACGGCAGGAAAAGAAUUGUGGCUGAGUGAAGAGGGCUCCUUUGUCUACAUGUCUUUAGUAGGAACUGUUGCAGAAUCGGACAACAUACUUGCUUCUCUGUGGAAGGAAUAUGGAAGAGCAGGUGCAUGGUGGCUUUGUUCUGAUCCAACCAUUGUGUCUCUGGUGUUUGAGGAUGGACUUUUCGCACUGAUCCUCAUUUAUGCUAUUAUCAAAGAUAUUACAGAUACUUUGCUGUGUGUUUGUGAAAUAUAUAGUGGGUGGAUGACAUUCUGGUCAGACUGGCUUGUUGUCAGUCCUAUAAAUACUAGUAAUUGGCUUUACCUUUGGGUCUACCUGGUAUGUUUUAAUGGUAUCUGGGUUGUGAUACCAGGACUCUGACUGUGCCAGUCUUGGUUAGCACUUAAGAAAAUGCAUCAAGAAAAAUAAAAUAUUAGAAAGAAGAUUAAAUUAAGAUAAUCCCACUUCACUAACCCCAUUAAUCCUGAGAUUUUUAUGAAGUAUUUGUAGGCAGGAUUUUUUCCUUAAGCAGAGAUGGAGUCAACUAUUGGAUGCUCUUUGUUCAUCUUUGCAUUGUGAAUCUUUAUCGUGUGAUGCAUGUAAAGUUUGUAUUUUAAACAGACUCAAAUAACAAGUAUAUAAAUCUCAAAUUAUUACAACAUUGCACAAUAAAAACAAUGUACUUUACAAACGAACUACUGUGCAGCUUUUUCUUUCAGGCCCCAUCCAAGAGGAAAAAUAUUUCUAUCCGUCUGAAAUCUUUUAGAAGUAAACAUACUAGUCAAGCUG